UUCCGCAUGUCCGCGAAUAUCGAAUUUCAAAACAACUUCAUUCCAGUCCGAACAACCAACCGUCGCUAAAAUAUUGCGUCACGGCAAUGUUUACCGUCGGUAGUUUAUCAUGGAGGAAUACGUCCGUGAACCUUGUCCAUGGAGAAUAGUAGAUGACUGCGGGGGAGCGUUCACAAUGGGAGCCAUCGGUGGUGGGAUUUUUCAGUCCGUCAAAGGCUUCCGAAAUGCACCCGUGGGUGUACGACAUCGACUGAAAGGCAGCGUCAAUGCUGUGCGCAUCAGAGCUCCACAGAUUGGAGGUAGUUUUGCAGUGUGGGGGGGUCUCUUCUCCACCAUAGACUGCGGCCUGGUGCGGCUCAGGGGGAAAGAGGACCCGUGGAACUCCAUCACCAGCGGCGCCAUGACAGGAGCCAUACUGGCUGCACGCAGUGGACCCUUGGCUAUGGUUGGCUCUGCCAUGAUGGGAGGGGUUCUGCUGGCCCUGAUCGAGGGCGUCGGUAUUUUACUCACUAGAUACACUGCACAACAGUUCCAGAACCCGAGUCCAUUUCUGGAGGAUCCUAGUCAGCUACCUCCGAAAGACAGAGACCGGGGGCAGGAUAGUCGUGGUUACGGACAGUUUCAAUAGAGCUGCUGUUUUGCCAUUUUGACUGUGACACUACAGACUGGGAAGGAAAAAGAAAAAGCUUUACAGUUUGAGGUUUCCAUUAGAGCUAUGGCAGAUUUUUUUUUCCUGCCUGAAGGCAGUAUGUACGGUAAUCACUCAGGGUCAUUUUGUCAUAUCCAAUUUAGUUUUUGUAAUGUGAACAGGGAAGUUGCAUAAUAAUAAUAAUAAUAAUCAUCAUCAUUAUUAUUAUUACACAGUCACAUAUUUGAAACCGGUUCAACAUUACAAUCAUUGUUUAGGUAUGAGAUCACAUUGUAUUAUUUGUUUGUAUGUGCAGUACAUGCACAGCAACCUUAAGUAUUUUAUUCAAAACUUAGCAUUUAAAAUAGUUGAGUAAUUCUCACUUUGAAAAUAAGAAUUGUUUGUACUGAAACAAAUUGAAAUAAAUUGUCAAACAUU